CCUUGGAGUUGCUAUGUCGGUGUCUUUGGGAAAGCAGUAAGCCUGUAAUGGAAUAUGUGAAUGAUAUAUUUUUUGUGUAAUCUACAGUUUUACUAACCAGAGGAAAUAUGGACCUAACAGAUUACUGUUGGAGCUUUAAGUGGAUUUUUAUUGUGUUUUUCUUUAAUAACUGGAAUAACGCAAACGGGCAGAUUGUGUAUUCUGUGUCGGAGGAGGUGAACACCGGGACCACGGUAGGAAAUUUAGCAAAGGAUCUAAACUUGAAUGUACAAGACCUUGAGAGGAGAGGAUUUCAGGUCGUCACAGGACCUAACCAAAGAUAUUUUGAUCUACAUGCAAACAAUGGUAUUCUCUUCGUCAGAGAAAGAAUAGACCGAGAGGAGCUGUGCGGUCGGAGCUCUAAAUGCGCUUUAGAGUUGGAGGCUAUUGUUAGUGUGCCGAUGAACAUAUACAGAUUUGAGGUAAAUAUUUUAGACGUUAAUGACAAUGCACCGACAUUUCGCACCUCAAAAUUGUAUCUUAAUAUUUCUGAACAGACAUUUCCAGGGCAGAGAUUUACAUUACCAAGUGCUUUCGAUCUCGAUGUUGAAGUUAAUUCGAUAAAAAGCUAUAAACUGAGUCCGAAUGAGCACUUUUCUUUGGAUGUGCAAAACGGAGGAGACCAGAGUGUAUCUGCAGAAUUAGUGCUGCAGAAAGCUUUAGAUCGAGAGAAACAGCCGGUGAUCCAGCUCACAGUGACCGCUGUCGACGGAGGAAAGCCUCCAAAAUCUGGUACGACGCAGAUCAUAGUUAAUGUAGCAGAUGUGAAUGAUAAUAUUCCUGUGUUCGACAAGCCACUUUAUAAAGCGCGGAUACCAGAAAACUCACCGCCCGGUGCUUCUGUGAUCACAGUGAACGCAAAAGAUGCAGACGAGGGGCUUAAUGGUGAAGUAAUCUACUCCUUUAUAAAUCAUGAUAAUGAUAACACUGUAAAUGCUUUCUCUAUCAACCCAAUUACUGGUGAGAUAACCAUAAAGGACCCCAUAGAUUAUGAAGAAACUGCUGCAAUUGAAAUUCGUGUUCAGGCCGAGGAUAAAGGCCCAAAUCCACGAGCAUCACAUUGUAAGGUCUUAGUCGAAGUAAUUGACCUAAAUGAUAACGUACCAGAAAUAAGCGUAAUGUCUUUGGUUAAUGAAGUGAGAGAGGAUUCGUCUCCAGGUACAAUGGUGGGAUUAAUCACAGUAAAAGAUGGCGACGCUGGUAAAAAUGGUGUUGUGCAGCUCAAAAUAAAGGACACUGUGCAAUUUAGAUUAGACAAUACAUACAGAAACAGAUAUUCGUUAAUGGUUAACGGUCCGCUGUUCCCUGCGCCAUUUCCGCCUGCUGAUGCAGAACUGAUCAGUAUUAAUGGAGGAGACACUUUUACCAGAACACAAACAUUUCCUAACAAAGAGAAGGUUUAA